AUGGAGUCGCUGGCCGCCGCCAGUCAGCUGGGAACUGGGAGAGACUCUGGCUCCUCCUCCUCCUCCUCGCCCCACUCCAAGCAGGAGCUGCAGCCUUACUCGGGCGCCAGCCCCCUGAAGCCCAACCAAGUCGGGGAGACCUCCUUGUAUGGCGUGCCCAUCGUGUCGCUCGUCAUCGACGGGCAGGAGCGCCUGUGCUUGGCGCAGAUCUCCAACACGCUGCUCAAGAACUACAGCUACAAUGAGAUCCACAACCGUCGGGUCGCGCUGGGGAUCACCUGCGUGCAGUGCACCCCGGUGCAGCUGGAAAUUCUCCGUCGGGCCGGCGCCAUGCCCAUCUCCUCGCGGCGCUGCGGCAUGAUCACCAAGCGGGAAGCCGAGCGCCUUUGCAAGUCCUUCCUGGGCGAGCACAAGCCGCCCAAGCUGCCGGAGAACUUCGCCUUCGACGUGGUGCACGAGUGCGCCUGGGGCUCGCGCGGCAGCUUCAUCCCGGCCCGCUACAACAGCUCGCGGGCCAAGUGCAUCAAGUGCAGCUACUGCAGCAUGUACUUCUCGCCCAACAAGUUCAUCUUCCACUCCCACCGCACCCCCGAGGCCAAGUACACGCAGCCCGACGCCGCCAACUUCAACUCGUGGCGCCGCCACCUCAAGCUCAGCGACAAGACGGCCACCGACGACCUCAGCCACGCCUGGGAGGACGUCAAGGCUAUGUUCAACGGCGGCACUCGCAAGCGGACCUUCUCCUUACACGGGGCGGGCGGCGGCGGCGGCGGCGGCAGCGCUUCCCAUGCGGCCAAGAGCGCCCUUCACCCGCCGCCGCCCUCCUCCACAGACCUGCCCCCGGUGCACAAGAGCCUGCGCUGCAGCGGCGCCGAGGAGCAGCCCGGGGAGCGCGGCGGGCUGGGCUUGCCCGCGGGGGCGCACGGGCCGGCCGCCGCCGUGCGAAGCUACCCGGUCAUCCCGGUGCCCAGCAAGGGCUUCGGGAUGCUGCAGAAACUGCCGCCGCCUCUCUUCCCGCCCCCCUACGGCUUCCCCGCCGCCGCCUUCGGGCUCUGCCCCAAAAAGCAGGACGAUUCCCUGGGAGGCGCUGGAGGAGGCGACCAGGUCAAAGCCGGUGGUUUGCCGCAGGGCAUGUUUUGGGGGCCGCCGCACCCCCACCCGCCUCAGCCUCAGCAGCAACCGGGGGGCUCGGCUAAGGACAGCGGAGUCUACCCGUCCUUCCCCAUGUUCUGGCCGGCCUCCGGGAGUCUCCCGGUGCCGCCCUACCCGGCCCAGAGUCAGGCCAAGGCGGCCGCCACGGCGGUUGUUGUAGCCGCGGCCGCCGCCGCAGCCGCCGCCGCAGUAGAACCUCUGGGCCUGCGGGGCCACGGCCACGUGGAGCUGGAAGGGUCGGAGCCGUCGGGCAGCGAGCGCAGCAGCGCCACCCCACAGGAAGGCUCGGGCUCCGGGGCCGCCGACGGCGAGCGCUGCUCCAGCGCCCUCUCCAGAGCUGCGGCCGUCGGGGAGGAGGAGCGGUCCGGGGACGAAGCCUUGCUGCCCCCGCUGCCCCUGCCCAGGAAAGGCAGCUACCUGUCUGCCUUCCGCCCCGUCGUGAAAGACGCGGAGAGCAUAGCUAAGCUCUACGGGACUCGCGAGGCCUAUGGAGGCCCCACCGGCUGCCCGGGCUACCUCUCACCGGACUUCCUCAGCGAGGGUAGCUCCAGCUACCGCUCCCUCUCUCCGGGCAACGACACGGUGGACGAGCCCGAAGUGGACGUCGAAUCCAACCGCUUUCCUGAGGACGAGGACGAGGACGAGGUGCCCGUCGAGGAAGCCGAGGAAGCCUCUCCUCCCCAGCAGCUUCUCUUGACCGAGACCGAGGAGCCUCUUGCAGCCGUUGGCAGCGUCGGCGUCCUGGCGGCCGCGGAGAAGCCUGCGGAGAAGGCCCUGGAGCCCGAAGGGAGCCCCCCGGCAAGGAGCAACAGCAGGGGCGGCUAUGAGGUGCGAGGAGGGGUGAUAUCAGGAAGCCGGGUGGGAACAAAGGGCGGCGAUGCCAGUUCCUGCUACUCCCGUCCUCGCCCCGAAUUCCACCACGAUAGAGAGGGUGUGUAUCCACAAGACAGAGAGGAUCGGUCGCAAGUUCUCAAAGCCAGCACCCCUCUGGGCCCCCAGACAACCCCGUACCUCUGCACUCCGGAGAGGAAUGAACCAGAUAAAGAAGACAAUCAUUCGACAGCUGAGGAUUUGGAGAGCAAGAAAUCCUAUCAGAACCAAAGGAGCGUCGCCCAGCCCAGCCCAGCCCACACCGACAGAGGAGAUGAGGUGGUCAGCAUUGACGUCACCGGGACUCAACUGGGGGAGAAAGAUAUUGGGAACCUUGCGAGAGAUGAGUUGCAAAAACUCCUCAUGGAGCAAAUGGAGCUGAGGAAAAAACUGGAACGGGAAUUCCAAAGUCUGAAAGAUAACUUUCAAGACCAGAUGAAGAGGGAACUGGCCUACCGCGAAGAAAUGGUGCAGCAGCUGCAAAUUGUGCGGGAUACCCUGUGCAAUGAGCUGGACCAAGAAAGGAAAGCUCGCUAUGCCAUUCAGCAGAAGCUAAAAGAGGCCCACGACGCGCUGCACCACUUCUCCUGCAAAAUGCUGACUCCCCGCCACUGCACCGGGAACUGUUCCUUCAAGCCUCCUUUGCUGCCCCAGUGA